UCAAACUCGCAACAAGUCACCCAGCGGCAGCGCCACCACGCCACGUCCCCAUCAACCGUCCGUCGGUCUCCACGCGGCGAAGCAAACCAAACCAAAAACCAUCCCAUUCAUCCCCAUCGAACACAUCGCAGCUGCGCUGCCCUGCCUCCCCUACUUGAUCGCCCUCCCUCUCCCGCCUCGCCGUCCCGGCCUUAAAAAGAAUCCGGCCGCCGAACCCCCAUUGGACGCCCGGUACCACGGCCAACGGCUGCUAGAAUCAACCAUCCGUUGUCCGUGCGUUCCCGCUGGCCGGCAGGAGGAUUACAUGGAGAAGAAGCUGCCGCUGGCCAUGGCGCUGGCGCACAAGCAGCAGCACGGCGGCGAGCCGCUGUGGGCGCGUCCCUGGCGGUGGGCCAAGACGGCCUUCGUCCUCGCCGCCAUGCUCGCCUCGCUGCUGCUCGUCUGCGCGCCUUCCCCGCUGCUCGUCGUGCUCCUCGACCUCGCCCUCCCGCCCGCGCUCCUCUCCGCGCACCUCCGCGCCGCCGGCGACACGCCGUACCGCGCCUUCUUCCCCGCCGCGCUCGCCCAGGCGCGCGCCUUCGACUUCCGCUCCUCGCUCGUCGACCUCCCCGCCCUCUCCGCCGCCCGCUCCCUCCUCAUCCUCUGCGCGUACACGGCGUGCGGGGGAGGAGGCGCGGCGUACGUGUGGGCGGUGGCGGCGAGCGCCGCGGGGUCGGUGGCCUACGUGCUGGCCAAGGCCGCAGCCGUGCUGCCAGGCCGCGCCGCCGCGGCCGGGAAGGGGCCGGAGCCGAUGCUGGUGCUGUCGCUGUCGCUCGCGGUGGCACACCUCGCCGUGGCGUACCGGACCAGCUGCCGCGAGCGACGCCGCCUGCUCGUCUACCGGAUCGACGUCGAGGCCGUGAGUACUGCCAGCCCCGUCCCCAGACUGCUCUUUCUGCUUUCUUUUCCUCUGCAAAUCGCACUCAUCUCUUGCUGGAAAAAAUAAAUUAAAAUUCACGUUCACGCGACGGAAAGAAAUCGUGCGGAGCCCCUGGAGUUUGUCCUCAGAAUAAUGCAGCCAUUAUUAAGCCCGCUGGGGGUAGUGUGUCGUAUACUAUACUGAGAUGUCAUCCCCGAAGCUUUCGGUCAUAGGAUUCCCUCGCAUGGUCAUUAACGCGUAGCGGCCGAAUAUUUAUCAGUGAAUGAUACGGGUUAUUUUUAGCGGUGACUUAGAAAUAGUAAUUAUUUAUCAGCUAUAUAAGAAAGAGCAAAAUUAUUUACCAGCCGUAAGCAAAAUUGUUUCUUCUGAACCACGGCAUGAAAAAUAUUCAUUCGUAUAUGCAGGUACGGCUGAAAGGCGGUCACCAAACACCCAAAGGGCUGAAGCAGUGUAGCGUCUGACACUGUUCUCGCCUGAUCCGUAGGAGUGCUAGCAGAGAGUUGUAGUGCAGCAUGAAGAAGUGAAGAGAGAGAGAUAUAUAUAUGCGUAGGCGUCAUGAAGAUUUGUCUUCGAACGUAGCCAAAAUUUUGUCGAGCUUUUACAUUUCUAGUUCGUCAUGUGAUGUACAUCUCGACGCGUUAAUUACAUGUAAGUGAAGGUCAUGUAAAUACGGAACAGUCGCGGUUUGUUCGGCCUCCUGCGAUGCAAUGAAACGCAGGACGAGCUGUACCUGUGGCCGUCCGUUGUUCUUGUGCAUGCUCACAUUUCCUGCGAUUACAGAACUUUUACUUCCAGCAGUCCAA